AUGGAGAUUCCUCAAGGAGCGAGGAAGACGAAGAUGGAGAUGGAGACGAGGACUAUCUAUCUGGCUUUGGCUCUGGCUCUGCUGAUAGGAAAGAAGACAAGUGGCCACCGAACAGCUGAUGAGAGAGAGCUCCAAUCCAAUCCAAGGCAGCAGCAGGUCAGGAAACUGAUGCGGAGGAGGAAAAACAAGGGGGUGCUGCAAAACGUGCAACAACCUAUCGCACUAGACUAG